GGUCAAUUAUUUUAUUUGCCUUUGGUGGGCUGGGAGUGAAUCAGCAGGCCCAAGACCUUCAUUAUAGCACCCUCAUUCUCUCAAUUCUUGUCAAUAAUGUCUUCCUCAGGAUAUCACAAAUCCAAAUACUCCAGCUCACAAAAAGGAAAAAUGAGACAGUUCAUUUCACUCACAGGAAUGGACGAGGCGACUGCCGUGAGUUACCUUUCUAAUAGUGACUGGAAGUUGGAACCAGCUAUUAAUAAUUAUUACGAAAACCCUGAGCUGUAUUAUAUACCGCCUCCAGUGCCGGCUGUGGAUAAGAAAAAACUAGAUGCACUUUUUAAUAAAUAUAGAGAUUCUGUUGACGAGGACAAGAUUUUGGCUGAAGGUGUGACGAGGUUCUGUGCCGACCUGAGACUAGAUCCAGCGAGUGUCACCGUAUUAAUUAUAGCUUGGAAACUAAACGCUGCCACACAGUGCGAGUUCACUAGACAGGAGUUUGUAGAAGGGAUGACCAGAUUAGGGUGUGAUUCCAUUGAUAAACUCCGUAAAAGGUGUGAGACCAUUGAUCGGGAGAUACAGGACUCACAACAGUUCAAGGACUUCUACCAAUUUACGUUUAAUUUUGCCAAAAACCCGGGGCAGAAAGGACUAGAUCUUGAGAUGGCCAUUGCCUACUGGAAUCUUGUUUUUACUGGUCGCUUCAAAUUUUUGGACUUGUGGUGUGAAUUUUUAAAAUCUCAUUAUAAAAGAGCGAUACCCAAAGACACUUGGAACCUUCUGCUAGAGUUUUCAAACACGAUUGAUGACACCAUGAGCAAUUAUGAUGAAGAUGGUGCUUGGCCAGUCCUUAUUGAUGAAUUUGUGGAAUACGCUAGACCUUUAAUAACUAAUGCUACAACACCAGCUGCUAGUAGUAACAGCUAGUAAUAAUUAAUUAUAUUAAUUGAUGAUAAUAUGCAGCAAUAACUGAUACUCAUACACAAUUAUGUGCUAGUGGAAUUAAUGAACCAGUCAAAUAUUAGAGACACUAUACUGUAAUACACACACACACACACACCAAUGUCUAUUUUUAUCUUAAUACUCCUCUCUUUCCUUUCUCUUUCUCACUUUCCUGGAAUUAUUAUUGUGUUGUGAAUGACCACUCCCAGAACUCUACAGAA